AAAUCAAAAUGGCUGUCGCGGAUGAUAAUAAUUAAAGUUAAAGAAGAUGUGGCUUGAUCACUGAAUUGACGAAGAGAAUCAUAGAAUUUAAAUCACCCGAACACCAGUGUUGCGUCAAAGAAUUGUUUCACCGCUGAACAUUUGUCGACAGCUUCUAGGCAACAAUGGCAGGAGAGGGUGGAAGAUUAUGGGGUGGUCGUUUCACGGGAAAUACAGAUCCGAUCAUGGAGUCAUUCAAUGCUUCUAUAACUUUCGACAAACGAAUGUGGGCUGCAGACAUUGAGGGAAGCAUGGCUUACGUGAAAAGCUUGGAAAAGGUUCACGUGGUCACUAAGGAAGAAAUGGAUGAAAUCAUCAAAGGACUUGAAAAGGUAAAAGAAGAGUGGUCUUCAGGAGCAUUUAAGUUACAGCCAGGUGAUGAGGACAUCCAUACUGCUAAUGAAAGAAGACUGAAAGAACUUGUUGGGAGCGUUGCUGGAAAAUUACAUACAGGAAGGAGCCGCAAUGACCAGGCUGCGACAGACACAAGAUUGUGGUUAAGAAACAAAGCCAAUGAAUUAAAGAGCCAUCUUAAAGCCCUGAUCAACGUUUUUGUGGAAAGAGCAAGCCAGGAAAAAGAUGUUCUCAUGCCGGGAUAUACACAUAUGCAGAGAGCUCAACCAAUCCGUUGGAGUCAUUGGUUGUUAAGCUAUGCUUGGUCACUUAAACGAGAUUUCGAAAGAUUGCAAGAUUUGUCUAAAAGAUUGAACUCUCUACCUCUUGGAAGUGGUGCAUUGGCGGGAAAUCCAUUCAAUGUUGACCGCGAAUUUCUUGCUAAAGAACUUGGAUUUGAAAGCGUUUCUCACAACAGUCUUGACGCUACUUCAGAUCGAGAUUAUGUAGCUGAGUUUAUGUUUUGGGCGUCGCUUCUCAUGACACAUUUAAGUCGAUGGGCUGAAGAUUUAAUCAUUUACAGCACAUCGGAGUUUGGCUAUGUCUUGUUAUCAGACGCGUACAGCACUGGUAGCAGUUUAAUGCCGCAGAAGAAAAAUCCCGAUAGCUUGGAAUUAAUCCGAGGAAAAUCUGGACGUGUCAUCGGUGAUUUCACCGGAUUCUUAGUUACAUUGAAGGGUUUACCAAGUACUUACAACAAAGAUCUACAGGAAGACAAGGAAGCUUUGUUUGAUGUUUGUGAUACCUUGGAUGGGGUGUUGCAAGUUGCUUCAGGAACGCUUUCUACACUCGAGAUUAAUAAAGAAAGAAUGAUGUCAAGUUUGGCUCCGAGUAUGCUCUCCACAGACCUUGCCUACUAUUUGGUUAGAAAAGGAGUUCCAUUCCGUGAAGCACACAGUUUAUCUGGUUGCGCUGUUAAAAUUGCCGAGGAUAAGAAAUGUUUGCUGAGCGAACUAACUUAUACGGACAUCGCAGACGUCAGUCCGAAGUUUGACAAGGAUAUUACAAACGUGUGGGAUUAUCACCGGAGCGUUGAACAAUAUCAAUCAAUUGGUGGGACAAGUCUAAGUAGUGUGGAGAGGCAGAUAAAUGUGUUAGGGGAAUGGUUAAGUUUGCAGCAGUAGUAGAUCAGGUGAAAGAUAAAACGAAAAGGAGGAAAAUAGAAACAAGAUGAAUUGGUAUAAAAGACUAUUUUUUCCAUUGGUAUUUUAAAGGUAUAUAGUUUUACUAGAUUAUUCGAUAUUUUAACAAUAUAUGGUAUAUAGUUUUAAUAUGCAAUUAUUCAAAAGUAAUAGGUGAGAAAAAACUGGAUUUUCCAUUUUAAGAUUUGUGUGUUUUGAAUAUUUGGCAAAGAUUUCGAUCUUAAGAUGGCGUCGAUAAUGCAAGUAUAUUGUUCCUAUAUCUAAUUUUAUCUAUAUGUUCAAGCUAUCAGUAUGCAAGGCUGAGCAUGGAUUAUAGAAAUGCCUGGCUAAUAAAUUGAAUAUAGUGUAGAAACAGCCAUACAUGCAGGAUAUGGGAUCUUCCUGCCAUUAAUUGCACUAUGCAAAAUUUAUGCAAUUUAAUGACCACUUUGCAAAUAAAAUAAAUUCCAAAUACACUUUGAUCAAGUUUAAUUC